GUUUUGUUGGAGAGUUUGUGAUGGUCCUUUUAUCUGUGGUCGGUUAGGUCACUGGUGUCUUGAACUUUGCUGUUGAUCCUCUGCCUAUUCGUACGGACUUGCAUGGAGACCGUAGUAUCAAUUGCUUCCAAAGACUUCUCUGUGGUUGAUCAAUAGGGUCAAGCGGAACUUAACAGUACAAGCAGAUUAGAGGGGGACCUUCAAGAGUCGCAUAUUGGGGCGUGACACUUUGAUUGAGGCGAGGAUGGUGACCGGACACCUUUUUCACCACAAGAAGAGCUCAUGGCCUGCAGAUGAGUAUGUCAGCCAAGCUACGUUGCUGCUGCUGGAUUUCGAUGGUGGCGCCCCACCAGAACAUGCAUGGAGGAGGAGGUUAAACAGUCAUGCUAACAUACUGAAGGAAUUUAGUGUGACAUUCAUGGAGGCAUUUAGAAUGCUGCGCCUUGGUCUUCGUCUUUGGUCAUAUGUUAGAGAGGAAGCUUCUCAGGGAAGGAAAGCACCAAUUGAUCCUUUCACAAAAGAACAAUGCAAACCUACAGCUUCACAAGGAGUGCCACUUGGAGGAAUGGGAAGUGGCAGCAUCUCAAGAGGAUUUAGAGGGGAGUUUAAACAUUGGCAAAUAAUCCCUGGUUCAUGUGAAACAUCCCCUGUCAUGGCAAAUCAGUUUUCUAUUUUUAUAUCUCGAGAUGGGGGGGAAAAGAAGUACUCAUCAGUUUUAGCCCCAGGGCAUCAUGAAGGAUUAAAGAAAAAUGGUGACCUUGGUAUAUCCUCAUGGGACUGGAACUUGAGUGGUCAACACUCCACAUAUCAUGCUUUGUUCCCCAGGGCGUGGACUGUUUAUGAUGGUGAACCAGACCCCGACCUCAAAAUCUCAUGUCGCCAAAUAUCGCCAUUUAUACCUCAUGAUUAUCAUGAAAGUAGUCUUCCCACAGCUGUAUUUGUUUACACACUAGUUAAUACUGGAAAGGAAAGGGCAAAGGUCAGCUUACUGAUGACCUGGGCGAAUUCUAUUGGAGGAGUUUCACAUCAUACAGGUGGCCAUAUCAAUGAGCCAUUCAUAGACGAUGAUGGAGUGUCAGGGGUGCUUCUACACCACAAGACUACGAAGGACAAUCCUCCUGUAACAUUUGCUAUUGCAGCAUGUGAGUCUCAGAAUGUUACUGUUACUGUGUCGCCAAGUUUUGGACUUUGUGGGGAAAAUUAUGUUACAGCCAGGGAUAUGUGGGGCACAAUGGUGCAAGAUGGGCAAUUUCAGAGGGAAAAUUUUGGAGCUGGCCCUUGUGUGCCAUCUUCUGUUGGUGAUACCCUUUGUGCGGCAGUUUCAGCCUCUACAUGGGUUGAACCACAUGGUAGAUGCACGGCUGUAUUUGCUUUAGCAUGGUCAUCUCCAAAAGUGAAGUUUCAGAAGGGAUGUACAUAUCAUAGGAGAUAUACAAAAUUUUAUGGUGCCUCUGAAAGAUCGGCUAUUAACCUAGUGCAUGAUGCAUUAAAGAAGUACAAGUUGUGGGAGGAAGAGAUUGAAAAAUGGCAAAAUCCAAUACUUCAAAAUGCAAAACUUCCUGAUUGGUACAAGUUCACUCUUUUUAAUGAGCUUUAUUUUCUAGUUGCCGGAGGAACAGUUUGGACAGAUGGUGAAGCCCCAAUAAUUGAGGAGAACCUAAGCGCUGCUUCCGACUGCCACGAAUCCACAAAAAGUAAGGAUGAGAAAUCUGUUUCCAAAGAGAGACUUGUUAAUAUGGUUGUGGAGAGAACUUUUACAGACAGCAAUUUGAACAAUGAGGAAUUUUUCUCACCAACUUCAGUACAAGAAUUGGCUGAUAACGACGAUGUGUGUGGCCCUGAUUCUGCACAGACUGGUAACGUUCUGCAUCAGCAGCACAACCCUGAAAAUGUUGGGAGGUUUUUGUACUUGGAAGGAGUAGAGUACAUUAUGUGGUGUACAUAUGAUGUACACUUCUAUGCUUCGUUCGCUCUUCUGGAUCUCUUUCCAAAAAUAGAGUUGACCAUUCAACAUGAUUUUGCCAGGGCUGUGUUGCAUGAAGACAGAAGAAAAGUCAAAUUUCUGAAUGAUGGUAGCUGGGGAAUUCGAAAAGUCAAGGGUUCUGUUCCCCAUGAUUUAGGAACUCACGAUCCCUGGAAUGAGAUGAAUUCCUACAAUAUACAUGACACCAGUAAAUGGAAGGAUCUCAACCCAAAGUUUGUGCUCCAGGUGUAUAGGGAUUUUGCUGCUACAGGAGACAUGUCCUUUGGACGGGAUGUCUGGCCGGCAGUUUGUGCUGCUAUGGAUUAUAUGGAACAAUUUGAUCGCGAUGGUGAUGGCCUCAUUGAGAAUGAUGGAUUCCCUGAUCAGACAUACGAUGCAUGGACGGUUCAUGGUAUCAGUGCUUACUGUGGUUGUCUAUGGCUCGCUGCACUCCAAGCUGCAGCAUCAAUGGCAGAGCACCUUGGUGACUGGGCAUUUGCUGAAAAAUGUAAGAUUAAAUUUCUGAAAGCCAAACCCGUGUUUGAAGCUAAGUUGUGGAAUGGAUCAUAUUUCAAUUAUGACAGUGGAAACAGCAGCAACAGCUGCUCUAUACAGGCUGAUCAACUGGCAGGACAGUGGUACACCGCGUCUUCACAGUUGCCCCCACUUUUUGACGAACUUAAAAUUAGAAAUACUCUUCAGACAAUAUUUGAAUUUAAUGUGAUGAAGGUCAGAGGAGGGCGCAUGGGAGCAGUCAAUGGGAUGAACCCAAAUGGAAAGGUUGAUGAAUGUUGCAUGCAAUCACGAGAAAUAUGGACUGGUGUCACAUAUAGUUUGGCAGCCACCAUGCUUCUUCAUGGAAUGGAUCAUGAAGCUUUUACUACUGCCGAAGGGAUUUUCACUGGAGGUUGGUCGGAGGAAGGGUUUGGGUACUGGUUUCAAACUCCUGAGGGAUGGACAACAGACGGCCGCUACCGUUCACUGAUCUACAUGAGACCACUUGCAAUCUGGGCUAUGCAGUGGGCUUUGUCUCCUCCAAAGGUCAUUCUCGAGGCCCCUAAAGGAAAUAUGAUGGAUAAGCUUCUCACAUCAACCCUUAACAUGACAACACUUAAUGAUACAGACGUCCAAAAAAUCGCACCUAAGAUUGGUUGUUUCGGCAAUGCUGUGUUUCACUGUGAAUGCUGAUCGAUCAAACCUUAGGCAAAGCUCACGAAAUGCAUUACAGGAUAGUCAGUAGAUAUUUUUUCUCUUGAACCCUCGAGAAGAGUAUGGGUUUGGGAGUUCUUACAUUGUAAGCUAGGGGAGCAAAUCAAUCAGUAAGUCAUAAAAUUAGC